AUACAUACAAUUGGUUAUAAACGCCGAUGGUCCAGCAUUGCUGAAACCAGUCUCUUUUGCUAAAUCGUUCGAGAUAGAAGAAGUAUUUUAAGACACUUGAUAUUUCUGUGAAUUGUUAUACAAUAGUAUUUUAUUAACAUGAGAACCUUUAUUGUCCUAGCUUUGGUUGCCGCUUGCAUUUUUGCCAUCUGUAAUGAUGCCUAUGCCUGGCCAUCGGAUGACAAAGCUAAAGAUAUGAAAGAAACAUCAACUACACCAAAGAGUACUAAAGAUGCAAACAAAAGUCUGAAGGAUGCUAAACGAACAAAGAAAGAGUGUGAGAAGAACUGUCAAGCUACUUACGAACCUGUCUGUGCUCAUGAAAUAACCAACCCUAGUUUUAAACCACGAACUUUCUCCAACCAAUGUGCGAUGGAAACCGUUGCAUGUGAAAUGGGAUGGAAACUCGCUGUCAAAAAUAAGGGUGAAUGUCCUGGAUCUGAUGGAGUCAGAUUGUCUUAAUUGUAUAAUAAAACCAAUGCUCUCUCUACUACACUCCACACCAUAAAUAUAUCGUCUGUGCAUGUACUAAUUUAAUUCACAUGUAACUACUUUAUUGUGUAGAUUAUAUUUAAAAUCAUCUGAACAUUAAAUAUACUUUUACUAAUUAAAUCAAUAAAUUUCGCAAUAUUAUCAUCAA